AUGAAGACUGUUUGCAACAAAAAUCUCAAUGUUUUCAGUUUUAAACCGGAUGAUCCUCCUAGAAAUGCGAUUGAGAAGUAUACGUUUCUCAAAACCGCUGAAGCUAAGGGGUGUUCAAAAACCCUAGAUGUUGAACAUUGCAAACUUGAUUUUGAUUGUGCGGGUAGCUGCUCGCUCACUCUCACGACGCCGAACAUUGAAUACCUUGAGGUUCAAGGCUGUAGUUUGAUCAGGGUUCACGAGACUAAUCGCUUAAAGAAUCUUUCUCUUGCAAACAAUAAUGGGAGAGUUUACAUGGUUGACUUUGGUAAGCUUCCAGCACUUGAAUCGUUAUCGAUUAGAGGUGUUCAAUGGUGUUGGGAUGCAAUAAACAAAUUGCUUCAACCUGCAAGUGAAGUAAAGCAUCUUUAUAUGAAAGUUGAAUUCACCGGAGAUUUUGAAGCUCUUCUCCCCUUUCCCGAGAUUGAUUUUGUUGACUUUUUCAAAAGUCAUCCCAAGCUCAAAACAUUCGAUAUCCAUGGUGCAAUGUUUGCCGCUCUAUGCCAGAAGAACAGUCUAAAGAAUUUGAGUUCGAAAAGCAAUAUAUUUACUUACUAA